AUGGCUGCCCAAGAAAAGAACCCAGUUGAGCUUGAAAAGGCUACCGCUUUAGCUCAUGUACCCAAGUCCGAAGAAUUUGACAAGAUGAUCUCUGGGAUGCUAUAUGAUGCCCAUGAUCCUGAGCUGUCGAAACUACGCUUCAACGCUCGGAGAUGGAUGCAUAAGUAUAAUAACUACUUCCCUGAUGACCCAGAAGCCGACUUCAAUUCCCUGGCAGAAGUUCGGAAGAAUAUGCUCAAGCAGUUCUUGGGUCAUGUUGGGGAGGGAGUUUUCAUCGAGCCAUCACUCGCUGUAGACUACGGAUGCAAUAUUCGCCUUGGGGAUCGAUUCUAUUCUAACUUCAAUCUGACUAUCUUGGAUUGCGCGCUAGUCACAAUAGGCGAUCGUGUUAUGUUCGGCCCGAACGUGUCGAUUUUAACAGCUACUCACGAAACUGAGGUGCAAAGUCGUAGAGAUGAUAUCGAAUACGCCAAACCCAUAACUAUCGAAGACGACUGUUGGAUAGGCGGUAAUGUUGUGAUCCUGCCUGGUGUCAUAAUUGGCCAGGGGUGCACUAUUGCCGCCAGCUCUGUGGUAACGAAGAAUAUUCCAGCAUGGAGUGUCGCGAUGGGUGCGCCUGCACGGGUUGUGAAAAAGGUGACUCCGCUUGAAGCUCAUAGUUAA